GUGAAAUCCCACGAACGGUCUCUCUUCCCCUGAAAAGUGUGUUAAUACUUAAUAGUUGGUCGCAGCAAUUAUCUUGGCAUUUCAAGAAUUUAACAGGUCAUCAAUGGCGGGACACGCUUCUUCGUCCUCGACGCUCCAAAUAAUCGGAGAGGACGAUGAUCUAGUCUUCGAAGGGUCGGAAUCGGGCUGGGUCGAGGCCCGAACACACUGCGAUCAUCUCGGUUCGUUAUCGUCCGAUCUGAUUCACAUUCCGACACCAGAUACCCCUUGCAACAGUUGUCAGCAUCCAGAUGAGAACUGGCUUUGCCUGUGUUGCAAAGACGUUUUGUGCAGCCGGUUUGUGAACAAGCACAUGUUAGAGCAUUAUCAACAGAAACAACACAACUUGGCCUUGAGUUUCAGUGAUCUUUCGGUGUGGUGCUUCUCGUGUGAUGCUUACCUUGAUGCCCAAGUCAUACACCCAUUACGGCCUGCUUAUGAAACCGCUUAUAUAUUGAAGUUUGGUAGUGCCCCACCUGCUCGGGGAAAUUGAAAAUCAGCCAAAUGUAUAAGAAAUUUUAAUUGGGUUAGGAUAUGGUGCAGGAUGCUAGGUUUUUCUGAUUAUGGAUUAUACAAAUUGCUGAAGUUGCAUGUUUUUUUUUUUUUUGAUGGAUGAAGUAGUAAUGAAUCUUCUUGUUGCGAGCUGGUACUGCUGUGUAUAGAAAGGUAUGAUUGUGAGCCUAGAAAUAGUUUAUUAUUUACCUUUACUAGGCUCACAAUCAUACCUUCCGAUUUGAGCGUAUCGUUCAAGUUUCAGCGCAAGUAGUUUCAUGUCAUUGUCCGUAUGCUAUGACAAUCAAUAAGAGUCAGUGUUAGUCUCUAUCACGCGUGAGAUUAGUAUGAAAGAACUAUGUGUUUAGUCAUGCGCAGUUGUACGUGACUCUUUUCAGUCACGAAUCGAAAGAGUAUGAAAAUAAUGAUUUGUGGUGAUAGAAAUAUUGAUGAUAGAAAAACCAUAAACGUUGUAUAUAAAGAGGUUUUUUAAUAAUA